GAAGAGGAAGGCGGGAGGCGGGACUCGGCCUAGCAGCGGUUCCGCCACCCCGCUCCGGUCACCGGACCCGGACCCGGCCUCGGCUUCGGAGCAGCCCGGCACCCCGGAGGGGACCCGGCAGCCCCUGCCCCGGGGGCGGGAUGGAGCUGGACGGGCUGCUGCUGGACGAGGAGGGUACCUUCUCCCUCAGCGGAUUCCAGGAGUUCACGUUCCUGCCCAGGCACCAGCAGCUGAGCGAGAGAGUGCGGAAGCGUCUCUAUUAUGGCUGGGACAAAGAUUGCAGCCUGGAUAAUCUCUCCAGCCCCAUGGCAGAUAUUGCUGUGGAGUUGCUGCAGAAUGUGGCUCCCAGCCCUAUCCGUAGACUCCAGAAGAAAUAUGUCUCUCACGUGUCUCGGGAAGCUUGCAUCUCGCCCUGCUCCAUGAUGCUGGCACUGGUUUACAUUGAGAGACUCCGGCACCGGAACCCUGAAUACCUCCAGCAGAUCUCAUCUUCAGACCUCUUCCUGAUCUCCAUGAUGGUUGCUAGUAAGUACCUGUAUGAUGAGGGUGAGGAAGAGGAGGUGUUCAACGACGAGUGGGGAGCAGCAGGAAAGGUGGACGUCCAGACCAUGAACACACUGGAGAUGAACUUCCUGAGUGCCAUUGACUGGAGUCUCUACACAGAUCCCCGGGAGCUGUUUGAAGUGCUGAGCUGGCUGGAAGGACGCGUGGCAGAAAAGCAGGGCAUGUGGCGUGGCUGGUUCACCUACACGGAUCUCUGUGUCCUCAUGGAGCAGUCCAUGUGGCAGCAUGUGCUGGGCCAGUUCUACCAGCAAGUGGUAAAGCUGGCCUGCCUCCUGGGCGUGGUGUACCUGACCGGCUUCGCUGCUGUCUUCGCCUCCGUCACAGUGGUGCACGGGUCUGUGUGCAUGAGGAGUGUCAGCCUUGCAGCCCCCCGGCCUGCGCUGUUCUCUGAGGAGGGCAGCUGCCAGCUGGAUGCCCAGCCAGCCCCAGCCCCUGACCAGCCCCAGCCCAAGCUGCCUGACGUCUCCCCAGCCAGCAGCACCCGUUGCCCGGGGGAGAACGAGACGACCAAGGAGCCAUGUCGUGGGGGUGUCACAGCAACUGCGCUCUACCUGUGGAGCAGUGUGAUGACGGCUCUGUCCUAUCCAAAGGCACCUGAUCUAGCCCAACAUAGGAGCACCCCGCAAGGCCCCUUCCGGAGAGUACCCACCACCUGUGAGAGGUCUAACCGUACUGCCCCCACUGCAGCCCCCCAUCAGCCUGGCACCUUCGGACUCGCCAUGCUUCCGGCUCCUCCAGCACUCCACUGCCAUGCCUGCUCAGCCAGUGCAGGCCCCGCAUGGGAUGCAGCCCCCAACCGCAAGGACUGGCUGCACCCCCUGGGGCUGAGGCAGUGCUCCUUGCACACUGCCAUGGAUCUUGGUAGAAUCAAGAGCUUCAUUUUUCCCAGCUAGGAGCACAGGGCAGCAGCCCCUUUCCCCUUCCCUCCUAGUGUGGCACAACUCACUUCCUUGCACUGCUAGGACCCUUGAUCCCUGGGGCUGCAUGGGGCUGCAGGCCCCUGUGUUACUUCCAAACCAGCAUUUGUGUCCCCCCACCCAGGGCAGGGGUAUCCUUCACUUUGGGGGCUGCUGGGACAGGUUGGGGCGGAGUUGGCUUGCUGUUGGAGUGCUGGGGUGGGAAGCUGCUAGCUGGAGGGCAGAAAUGGGGUGCCCUUGGGCGGGGGUGCUAGGGCAAGGGAGAUGUUGUACCUCUUCCUACAGCGAGCGGGUGGCUCUUUGUGGUGCUGGGCAGAGGUGGUGUGUGGGAUGUAGGAUGCUGGGGUUGUGUGUGCAGGGUGGAGGGGCUGGGGCAGUGACCCCAGUGGAGUGGUGGGGUGCUCCAGGAGGAGGUGGGGUGCCUGGGUGAGGGGAGAGGAGGUCAAAGGAGGGGGGAGUGAGCAGCCUAAGCUGUCUGGCCAUAAGCAGCAGUUCCCCUUGGGGGCUGCCAGGCCACUUCUUGGGGAGGCGCAAGGGUCACACCACGAGGGGAUCCUGAUGUGGCUGUGCCCCAGGGAAAGGUUGUGCCCUGCUGAGCUUGGAGGUGGUGAAGUGUGGUUAAGGCUGAGCUUCCUUAUCCUGCUUGUGUUGGGUGUUCUGAAACUGGGGUGCUCUGUGACCCCCAUCCCAAAGCCCAGCUGUCUGUGGCUGUGAGCAAACAGUGCCUGACUGCUCCUCGGGGUGGGGAGAAGGCACCUUGUCUUGCUGACCAGCCCAGCUCAUCGUGCCCCUUCUUUUUACUGUGGAUUUUACACCUGUUUUUCACUCUU